AUGUUCUACGCGAGUAUGCAGUGCAGUCCUAGACGUUAUCCGUCGUAUUUCAGCACCACCAUCUACAAUUUCAGUGUGAUGGUUACUGUUGAUAUGUUGGAUACCCUGUUGCAUCUCCCUCAUGGUGGUUACCAAGCUGGAACUGCAGAAGACUUUGACAGCUAUGGGUUCCACCCCAUAGACACAAUGUCUUACUUAGGUAGUGAUUACGGGAGUCACCAGCUCUUGAUGUUUUCCGUUGAGCGGCUACUGGAUGAUCUGAAGGCCCUGCAGUUCUACAUCAGUCACGUGUUUCUCCCUCGCGCUGCUGAAUAG